AAAGAUAGUCAAAGAGACUGUCACGGUGCGGGAGGGAAGCUUCCCUGUAAUGGGUAGAAAGUUAGAGGAAAGAGGACUGGUCCAAUUGUUCCUCUCCCCAAGCGCGGAGAAUCUUUGACGAUUUCAAUUGUUCCUCACCAAGCGCGUAAAAUAAUUGGCCAUCCAAACACGAGAAUCGUUCAUAAAUAGAGAUCGAACUAAGUGAAUUAUGGGUCUACAAUGUUAUCCUGUAUCAUGGGUUUAGCAUGGUUCGCUGAAGGGUUUCUGAAAAGCUGUGGUGGAGAGAUUGCCUCAUUGUUUUCGCCCUGGAUUAGGCAAUUGUGGCAUUUGGUUUUCCCCUCAUCUUCAACAGAAAGCUCACGUCUUCCAGAUUUACCAGAAAAAAUAGUGGGUUUGGAUGUUCGAUUAGAGGAGUUGAAGACACGGUUAUUUGCAGAGAAUGUUAAGAAGCUGGGAGUGACAGCAAUGGGUGGCGGUGGCAAAACAACCUUAGCAGCUGCUCUCUGCAGAGAUCCUGACGUCAAAGAACGAUUUGGAGACAAGAUCAUCUAUCGCAAAGUUUCAGACUUUUCAGAACGCAAAGAUAUUCUUGAGAGCAUAUGGGUGGGGAUUACGAACUCUCGAUCAACACCUAAUUUUCAGAGCAUUCAAGUUGCUCGUAAACGGGUUGAGGAAUGGCUUAGUAGUAGGCCGACACAAAAUAUUCUAGUCGUGCUAGAUGAUGUGUGGCUUGAUGACUCUCAUCUUAAAGAUUUGAUUUUUGAGGCAGAUGGAUACAAGACUAUUGUUAUGUCUAGGCACAUUGUUGAAUGGCUUGAUGACAUUUAUGAAUUGCCUUUGCUUGAAGAGAGUGAUGCUCUAGCCCUCUUUUGCUAUUAUGCUUUUGAGCAAACAAGCAUUCCAGAGAGAGGAUAUGACAAGAUAUUAGUCCAACAGGUAGCAGAACAAUGUCAACAAUUACCGCUUGCAUUGGAGGUGAUUGGAAGUUCUUUAUAUGAAAAGAAAAACAGGGAUGAGUGGAUAUAUUACCAAAAAAAGCUUUCAGAAGGAGGACGUAUCAAUUCCAAUCACGAAGAAAAUCUUCUCAAGAUCCUGGCGUUAAGCAUAGAUAGGCUUCAUACGAUUGAUAACAAUAAUAUAAUAAAAGAAUGCUUUUUGGAUUUAAUAUUAUUUCCUGGAGUGAAAGAAAUCCAUGUUGAUACAUUGUUUGAUAUUUGGAUUUAUGCUCACAACUUAACCUUGUAUGAAGCUCGUCGGACUCUGAAUGUAUUGGAACGACGAAGGUUAUUGCGUCUGGUAAAUCAUGAUAUUGGAGGUCAUCGAGGGAUUAGUCAUGGCAUUGCUUGUGAGCUAUAUAUAGUUCAACAUGAUAUGUUGCGAAAGUUGGCUAUUUAUUUGGUGGAGAAUAACCAAUCUGAAGACAUAUGCAAGAGAUUGAUCUAAGAUCCACUUUGUAAUUGGGAAAGACGUAAGAAUAUUACAGCUGCUGAGAUUAUUGUCAUCCGCACAGAUUUAAAGAAUGAAAAUCAAUGGCCCAAGUUGGAGUUUCCAAAUGCCCUGGCUCUCAUAUUAAUAUUUACUGGAAAUGAAUGUCAACUUCCAACAUUUUUUAAGACAAUGUCUGAAUUGAAAGUUCUUAUCAUAAUC